AUGGUGGCAGGUCCUUCGGCGGAGUCGAUCGAGGCCAUCCGCAAUGCCCCUUCGCUCGAGCAUCAAAUCGCGACACUGCGACAGUUGAAGAACGACAUCGUGGGCCACGACCAGAGGAAGGAGCUCAUCGUCAAGCAGGGCGUGAUUCAGCCACUGGUCGAUAUCCUCACGGCAGCGCACAAGGCUACGGGCAAGCGGCGCGCGUCGGAAGAUAAUGGCGUCUCGACAUCGGCUACGGAAGGAGGGUGGUCUCCUGAAAACGAAGCAAGACUGCAGGCGAUUCAGAUCAUCGGCAGUCUGGCCAACGGAGGACGAGCAUUCGUGCCGCCAUUGCUCGCUGCACAUGCAGACUCACACCUACUCGAAUGUCUGACGACUCCAGUCCCGCCUAGGAUCACCACAGCCACUCUACAAGCGCUGCGAAGCCUCGCCACUUCUGCAAGCCUUGAUGGCCAGAAUGACGAGCAGAUCUCCAUCGACCUCUUCGGCAGUGAGUCCAUGCAGUCUGCCUUUCCGGACAUCCAACAGAUUGACCAGUCGAGUGCUGCUGGGGUGCAACUCAGACUGAUCAUCAGUAUAAUUGCGGUCUCCGCCACAACCGAAAGCGCUCGCUCCCACUUGACAGAGUCUGGCCGACUCGACGAUCUUGCCGCAUUGCUCGCUUCCUAUGCUAUUGCUAACCAACAUUUCGACUAUCGUGGCUCCACGGACCUCUUUCCACCACCGCCGUCCGAAGCAACCCUGCCCGUGGUUCUAUCCGCAAUCGCUGCCAUCAUCAGCGGAUCGAACUUCCGCGCACAAUCAUUCAUCCUGUCUCGAGCCCUGCGCGGGCUGUUCGCUCACGCAGCCACGCAGUUCUGGGAGAGUCGCGCAUUUCCUGCCCGUCCAGGUUCCGCUGCGGCUCUUCUACCGUCACUUCACGUGCCUCAAACCAAGAGUGUGUCAUUUACCAACUCAUCUUCUGCAUUCCCCGCUUUGAAAAGUCUACAGCCGGAGCGCGGGCAGUAUUCUGGUGCCGGCAUCACUCUCACUCAGCAGAGCGCCGACAUCGAGCAUGCGAAUGCCGUCUGUGGCUGGCUACUCUUCAUGGCACGGUUGAUGCAUGGCACCAACCGAAUGAAAGCUCUGCGUCUUGUUGCACUGGUUAAUAAUGCGAUUGACGCGAGUUCAGAGCUUGUCAGCCCGCGGAGUGAAAGCUUACAGCGUGCCCGCGAACGAGAAAAGCAGAUCUCAAUGCUUGCUAUUCCUCUUGCCGCCCAACUCAUCCAGACUGCUGUCGAAGUGCCAUCUCCAGAUCUGCCAACGGCAGACGACCGCGAGCACCGCGAGAUCCAAGAGCACGCCUGCGACGUCCUAGCAGAACUUGUUCAUCCCAGUCAAGAGCUGCAAGCCGCGGCGGUCCAUGCGGGUGCCAUCAAAAGAGUAUGCUCUUUACUCAAGAAGACUUUCGAUGCCGUCUCUCCGUCGAAACCGAUGUGGUCUGCGAAAAGUAACUCGAACGACCACGUCACUUCUUUGGACUCGACAACGAUGGGUACUAGAGGCCUACCCAGCGAGGUUGCGCAUGCAAUGCGUUGUCGGCAAAGUGCCCUGAACGCAAUCGCUGCUUUGGGCGGAACACAUGACACCCAUAGGGGUGCCAUCAUCGAGGCCGGUAUUGUACAAUGCAUUAUGGACUCGCUGAAGCCUUUUCCAGCAGAUGCGUUCGCUGGCAAGGGUCCAGUGUCGCCUAAAGAUGGCAACACUGUCCCGGUGCUCCUCGCUGCCUGCAGCGCUGCGCAAUCAUUGUCUCGGUCGGUUUCGAAGCUACGCACGACUCUCGUCGACGCCGCCAUUGCUCAUCCCCUCUUUGAAUUGACAAAGAACCACCCAGACCGUAGCGUUCAGAUCGGAGCUACUGAUGUCAUCUGCAACUUGCUCCUCGAGUUCAGUCCUAUGAGAGACGAGCUCGUGACCCAGGGUGUGGUAGAAGUGCUAGCCAGGAAUAUCAAGGGCAGCGAUAUGGAUUUGAGGCUGAGCAGCCUAUGGGCGAUCAAGCACCUCGCACUCAACAAUACGAAGGAAUGUAGGAUUCGGUGCUUUGAGGAACUAGGUUCCGGCUGGCUUGUUGGUGCGAUACAGGGCGAGUAUGAUCACAACCCUCUGGCUGCAUCGAGUGGAGGCGGCGUCAGCGUGUGGCAGUCGGCCGGAAGUGGUUUGAGCGCCCCCAAUGCGGCAGGCGAACAGGUCGAUCUCCUUAACCCUACGACCUCCAUGGACGUCGAUGAAGGGUACGGUGGCGACAACGGCGAAGAGGAUGAGUCAUCUCACGACGAAGAAGAAGAUGGCGAAGUCAUGCUCGACGAGAGCAGCGGCACGCACUACCAUACAUCUGGAAUUCGAUCGACACUACAACCACCGGCAGACUCAUCAUCACUAAGUGCAGACCGACACCUGUCGGCGAUGAGGGAGAUGGAGCAGGAUCCCAACCUGCGGGCAAAGAGAAUGGACGUCUUCGUCCAAGAGCAGUCGCUCGACUUCAUUCGCAACCUCAUAUCCGGUCCGGACCAUGUCGAAGCAAUGAUUGAUCAUCUCUUGCAGCACAUUGGCUCCGAGAAACUCUUCGGCCUGCUCACAGAGAAAUUGUCGCCGCUCGCCGAGUUCGGCAAUCGACCACUCUAUCACGCGACAUCGAUCAUCAUAGCAGUCAUUCAUGUCCUCACGCACAUCUGCGGCAGCUCUCCUCGACACAAGUCCCUCCUCAUCGCUCAGGUUCCGUUACUGCGAGCCUGGGUUCCCCACUUUGCGCACACUGACCGCCGGGUGCGCAUCAUCUGCAUCUGGUCCAUGAACUCCCUUACCUGGGUUGAAGACGACAGCGACCGCGAAGGUGCGAGGGAGAGGGCAAGGAAGCUGAGAGAGCUUGGGCUCGAACAAGCUGUGCGUAAACUGGAGAACGACGUCGACCUGGACGUCAGAGAGCGACAGAAGGAGAGUGUGCACGAUGACGGCCUAUGGUUUCGACCUAGUGCUCGGUCGAUCAGCGGUCGUGGUCGCGAAGCCGAAGAAGUUCUGGAUGGCGAUAUCCUUGCACCUGUGUUAGUAGAACUUGGCAUCGGCCCAUCGACUGCUAACCUCAGCAAUGCCACAGAUGGAGCGCCUCUCGAAUCCAGCCAGACACACUUGUCAGGCUUGAGCUCCGCUGCCCAUCCUCUGGUCGGCACUGGAUUGACCCUGCCUCUUGACUGUUACACAGACGUUUAUAUCUUCCCUCUGGCUCGGGCGCGCGAAGCUUUGGAUCAACUCGACGCGUAG